UUGGCCCAACCUGUUGAGCUACUUGACUGCGGUUCAAUUCAGACGAUAAAGCGACGAAAAGUAGUCAUACUAGCGUGUGAGGGUCCAAGGACUCGCUCCCGCGUUCGUUUGCAAUGAGGGAGCGCACCAAGGGGGCCCUUCCUUCCCCUGCUCCUACGCCUCUUUCCGUCCACGUAUACGUCUCUUCAAGCGACUCCCGCGACUUCUCUCACCAUAUCCAUGUCUUCAACGACACGCAGUCGUCGUUGAGAUCGUUACAUCACCUCCGUCCAUCGGCUCUUGCGCAGCGAACCUUGGCCGAUAGUAGUGCUUCAUUACCGUAGCCCGUGGGUCCGCAUAGCUUGGUUGAUGAUGCGCCGAUGCGCCAUGGUCGAGUUGCGCUGAUACAUCGUGAAUGAUGUUGCGCCGUUGAAUCGCGCCGAUGCAUCGUGGAUGACAACGCGAAUACACGCUGUUCAACGCGCCGUAUGUUGCCUGCUGUUCAAUGCGCCGUAGUGCAUAUUGUUCAACGCGUCCAACGCGCCAUUUGUUGCCUGCCGCGUCGCCUCGUGCCUUCCCCUCUUGCCGUUCCAUCUUGUCGUCGCCUCUCGCCGUCCCCCCAUUCAUCCACCCAUCCCUAGGUGCCCGCGUACUCCACAAUCGCGCGAGCGUCUCCCCGGAAAUGUUACGUCGAAUCCCAUGCCCGCCGCGCCCCUUCCUUCUCUCCACCCGCGCAUUGCCCGCGCGCCUUCUUCAACGCUCCUCACAGCCCGUACAUCGCCCGCGCCGCCACGACUUCACCACGGCCGCCACGAGUUCGCCCUCGCCACCGACAAACUUGCGUACCCACAACAGACUUCACCCGCGGCUCGUCAGGUGUAUCCAGCCCCAGCCGUGCGAUGCGUAUCCAGCCCCAGCCGUGCGAUGCGUAACCAGCCCAGCCGUGGGAGGCGUACCCAGCCUCAGCCGUACGAGAGGCCGCAGCCUUCCCCGGCCAUGCGAGUCGUAGCCUCUACCAGCCCUGCGGUUUCCACUACCCGCCGCCUCUCGCGCAAAGCCGCCGCGUCAUGCGCGUCGUGCCCAUUGCCCGUUGCCCAUUGCCCAUCGCCCUUCGGAGCGAGAUGCCCCAUCGCCGCUCCGAGCAAGACGCACCACUGCCGCUCGAGGCGAGACGCACCACUGCCGCUCCCCGGCCAUGCUGUGCCCCGACUAUGGCUGUAUGGACUGCACCGUCUCCGGCUGUACGGACUGCGCCGUCUCCAGCAUAUGAACCGCCCCAUCGCCCGCGACUCGAGCUGUACCUCGCUGUCACUCAACGAGGUGUACCCCGCCGAUGCUUGACGAGGUGUAUCCCGCCGUCGCUCGACGAGGUGCAAAUCGCUGCUCGCUCGACGAGGCGCUCCUCCGCUCGCUUAACGAGGCGCCCCACCACCCGUUGGACAAACUGGCCCACCGCCCGUUGCACGAACAGGUCCACCGCCCGCCGUACGAGCUCUUGAGCACCGCGUCGCAGCUCUCGAUAAACUCGCUCGUAUCAGGAACCACCAUGUUCUGCAUCACGAGCCGCCGUGUCCCGUAUUCAUGAACAAGGAGUUCCGUAUUCAUGAACAGAGACUCAAGGGAUCCACUCUGGCAUGGUCCUGCGCCUUCGUGGACACAGCCCGGUUUCGCUUGCCAUCGAAGACCAACGUCGCUCGCCGUCAGCGACCUGCGUUUCUCUGGAGCGCCCCUAGGUCUUCGGAGCACGCCGAUGGUGGUGCUUCCCGCACUCCUAUCGUACCGGCGUAAGCUAUUGCAAGGAUAUUGUUUUUGAAAGGUGGAAGAGGAGGAAAGUUGGAAGAGGGGAGAGAUGGUAUGACAGGUUGGGGGCAAGACUGUCGACAACAAUGUGGAUGAGAGCGCCAUGAGCGCGGGUCGUUGUCAAAGCACAGUCCUUGAGCACCGUGUUUAUGCAUGAAAACUUCGUAUCAUUGCAGUCUUAUGGUGGCCCUGUAGAAUCCCUCCGCACGUCCAUCCGCGAUCGGUGCUGGCGACGACUAGCUGCGAACAUGUUUGUGGAAGUCGCCAGUAAAGAGAUUGAGCCAAAAUUGCGGGCGUUUCGAUGGAUGUCGAGUUGCGCCGGCCUGACGUUCCGUGGGAUGAAGGUGCGUUGCAGACGAGGAGCAGAGCGAACGAGGGGCGAGUAACAUGCGGCGUCGGAGCAUCGGCCCGCUUCCUCGGGGUCCGCGGCCCGCGCGACCCUACGCCUGGCUUGCUCCCUCGCUCCAAGGUAGCUACGGACGCUCAUGUGAAUUCUAUGCUCUCGCCCUUUUCAUUUUCGCUCUCGCCGCUUUUGUCCGCCGUUCUAUCUCGAGCCCAUUCUGCAACGCACUACGCUUGCUACGGCUACUCGGGACUGCAAGCGCAUCAUGCAGGACGAGGGGAGGGGACCUGUGAAAGGUGGGCCGGUCAUUCAGAGGCGCCCGGAGAGAGGCGUAAUCCGCACGAAGGGAAGGCUGGAUGCAAGAUCAGUGUCGAUUCGCGCAUUGCAGGGAGAGACGUCGGGCUCCCCGCCCCGCAAGCACUCGUCACGCAAUCCUUUCCGUCCCCCCAACCUCGCUCAUCCUUCCCUACCAUAGUCGCGCUUCCCUCCAACGCCGCCUUCGUCCCUCCCUUCCCCUUUCCCAUCCUCCUCUGUCUCGUCCUCUUCUUCCCCGUUCUCCCCUGCCCUCCCUUCUCCCCUCACCCGCUUCGCCUCUUUCACUUCCCUUCCCGCCCUCCCCUCCCUUCUCUCCCUUCCCAGCUGAAUCUCCUUCUCCUCCUUCUCUGGCUCCGCUCCUCCACCCCCUACUCCACCUCUUACCCCGCUCCCAUCCCCGGUCAGUGGCGCGCGACGGACUGGCGGGAUAUGCGUAGUCUGAUCUUCCAGGAAGUCGACGAAAUCCUAGCUUGAUCUUGCAGGAGGUCGACGGGAUAUGCGGGAUGCGAUCUUCCAGGAGGUUGUCGGGCUCAAGCUUGGGCGUGGGCGGAAGCGGUGGGGCGGUGGGGCGGUGCGUACCGCGGUCAGCGAGGACGGCGGCCAGCGGGAAUGGGCGGAGCGCUGCGCGACAGCGAGGCCGGGUGGAGCGCAGACAUAGGAUAUGCAAUGGGAAGGGCGCAAUCGCGGGGACGCGCUCAGCCGUCGGUGGGGAGGUGGGGCGGGCGGCGCGCUGGGGAAGGCACGGGCCCGUCAAAGGGGAGGUAGUGAAGGCGGACGGUGCGGGGAAGGCGCGGACGGUGCGAGAUGUAGCGGGGACGCGGGUGACCUCGAAGGAGACGAUGGGCGUAAUCGGACAGGCAGGCGCACGUGCGCAUUUGGUCAGGCGGAGGAUGGGCGUAGGGUGGAGACAGGCAAACCCGGAAUUCCCCUCGUCGCUGGCAGGUGAGGUGGAGGUCCCCGCCCCACUGCCCUCAGCGUCGCCCGCGCCACUGGUUUCCUCGACUCUUCACUUCAUCUCUUCCCUCUUCCCAUUGCUUCCGCUUCGACCCUGCAUUUCUACCCCUCCUUUCUUCCUGUACCGCUUCUCUGGUUUCUUCGGCCCUCGCCCUCCCUCCUCUACUGGUCCAUCCCUCCUACCUCCUCCCAGCGUCGGAUGGCUGUGGGGAUAUAGCGUCUGUCGGGAGUGAUGCGCGCUGUCCUGUCCUCGUUCUCUCGCACCACGGGGGGAGGGUGCCAUCGGGAAUGAAGCACGCGGUCGUGAGCGGUGGGCGUGGUCGUGAGUGGUGGGCGUGGUCGUGAGUGGUGAGCGUGGUCGUGAGUGGUGGGCGCGGACGCGAGGGAUAUGUUCAGGGGGACGGGAAGAGGAAAAUACCUCGGCCGACGUGCGGGGAGGGCUACGGGGUGGCGUCGGGCGGCGCAGCGUGUGCGAGGAUGGCAGCGCAGAGUAUGCGAGGACGGAGGAGGGGUGUAUGGGGAGCAGGAUGCCUUGAAGCCCGACGGCGGCGAGGAAGCUGGGGAAGAGUGUAUAGGAGGGAAUGGGGGUAUUAGGAAGGAGAGAUGACGUCGGGCGGAGUGUCGGGCUUAUGGUGCGACAGAUCAUGAGCG